ACCGAAUCAACGCGUCAGCCCUUUCAACCUGGACAUGGACGUCGGAAUUAGUGAGCUCGCACAAAUGACAGAUCGCCGUCGAGAGCGUGUACAAGAUACGCAUAAGCUGCGAUUCUCUUGCGGCCAGGCUGGCCAGCUCAUCGUGGUCCUCAUCAUCUCCCGUGGUUACGUGAUGGUCGCGAGGCGCUGUCAUUGCUGUUCUAUUGCCCCCGGUUCCUAGCCGGGCUGGCCUUAUAAGCCUCGGGGCCGGCCAAGAUAUCCUCAGUUUUCAACUCCCUCUUGUGCUUUUGCCUUGCCAGUCAAGACAGGUUUUUGUUGUUAUUUCAACUUGGUUUUUGCCGUCCAUCCUUUCUUUGCCCCACCUUCUUUUAUCAACCAAAACUCCUCUGCUGUGCAUUGCUUUUUACCAUGCUCUCCGUCAAGUCUGUCUUCCUCGCGCUCCUUCUCUCUUCCACCUCGCUGGCCGCACCCAUCCGCCGCGAGGUCCCCCAAGAGCACUCUCACGAGCCCUUCUUGACGUCGGUUCGUGCAAGCCUGAACCUCAACAACCCGGACAAGAUCCAGGACCCUGUCUUUGCCCUCCUCGGUGAUGCUGCUGCCAGCGCCGGCAAGGGUAACAUCGCUGAUGUGACUUGCCUCCAGCAGGCGACCGCCGACCAGGCCUUCACCAACGCAAAGGCCAAGGGCGACAUCCAGGGCAUGACUGAUGCCCUCAUCUACCGUGCCCUGGAGCGCAACAGUGGAUCUGUCGGUGCUAUCUCGAAGACCUGCACCAGCUUGAAGGCCACCAACCCUGAGAUUGCCGCUGUCCAGCAGCACCAGGACCCCGCGUCCACCAACGCGGCCGCCGGUAACAAGGCGAUCGUCCUGGAGCUCGCCAAGCAGAUCGCCUCGAUCGGCGGUGACCCUCAGCAGGCCCUCAAGUCCGGCACAUUCAAGGCCGGCACGAUCGGUGACCCAACCGCCAAGGGCAACUCCUGUGACGAUGCCAACGACGCCAACGGCUGCAUCUUCACGCAGAACCUCCUUGUCGAGGAUGCCACGGCCGCUGAGAUCAGCGCUGCCGUUGCCGGUGUUGCUGCUGCCACUGGCGCUGCUGCUGCCGCGGCCACCACCGCUGCCGCUGCUGCCACCACCGUUGCUGCCGCCGCCGGUGCCACCGACACUUGCCCUCCCCAGAGCACUGUGACGGUCACCGUCCAGCCCACUGCUGCUGCCGCCGCGGCGACCGAUGCCACCGCCGCCUCCACCGCCGCGCUCGCGGUCUCCACCGGAACCUCUGGUUCGUUCGGCAACUUCGGCUCUUGCCCUCUGCCCCUGAUCAAGUUCGGUGUGGGCUUUGACAACCGCAAGGAGACUUCCUUCGAGCCCCAGGACCAGACUGCCUACGCUCACGGCUCUGCCCAGGCCGUCGGCAUCAUCGAACAAUUCAUGUGCGACAACUUGGUCAACAAGUGUGGCGCUGAUGCGACUGCUAAGGCCACCUGCGCGUCUGCUAAGACCGCCGUCUCUGCCUUGCCCGCCGCUGACCUCAAGUUCGGUAUUGCUGCCGACACCUGGAACGGUGCUUUCGGUGUCAGCUCCAACUUCCGCAACACCGGUGCCGUCGACAACCAGGGUAACGCCAUUGCUGGCUCCACCGGUGGAAACGUGGCCGUCGCUGCAGCGCCCGCGGCUGCUGCCGGUGCUGCGGCCACCGCUGCCUUGGUUGCCGCCAUUCCCGUUGACACUGCCACCUCGACCGCUGCCGGAAACUUUGGAUCUUGCCCUCUCCCUCUGAUCAAAUUCGGUGUUGGCUUCGACAACCGCAAGGAGACCUCGUUCGAGCCCGUUGACCAGACCGCGUACGCCCACGGAUCCGCCCAGGCUGUUGGAAUCAUCACCCAGUUCAUGUGUGACAACCUCGUCAACAAGUGCGGCGCUGACGCCACCGCCAAGGCCACUUGCGCUUCCGCCAAGACCGCCGUUGCCGCUUUGACCACUGCUCAGCUCAACUCGACGUUCAAGGUCUCUGACUGUGACGCCCAGAACACCGCUUGCCACGCCGCCAUCACGGCAUGA